AUGGCGACGCAGCAAACGUCAACAGAGCCUUUGAGGCCGACGCCCAGCACUGAUGCUUCACACCAAGCCAUGGCAGGACAAGCAAGCACCAUGCCAGUACCAGGAUUCCACGUCGACGGCGCUGUAGAUGACGAGAGACAGCCGCGCAGCACCACGCCCGUCACCAACGGAGCAAAUCUGAACUCAAGUGCACAACCAAGUCGCGCCCCAUCACCAAAUCCAAAUGCCAUCUUUCCCCACACACAAGUCACAUAUGACGACCCCGACUUCACUCGCCCGCCGCCGCUCAAGUACUCGUUGCGCACCCGCAGGAAGUCCAUCAUCUACUUCUGGUGCCUCAUUAUCGUCGACUGCGUCUUCAUGCCCAUUGGUCUCUACUUUGGCAUGUGGUAUGGCUUGACUCGCGACCAAUUAUCCGCAAACGCCGUUUUCAGUAUUAGCACUGCUCUGCUUGGAACAGUGUCAAUCGUCGAGUACUUUGUCCGUUUUCACAGGCUGUGGAAGAAAAACUCCAGCUGCAGGGUCAUUGGUGCACAAAGAUGGUACCUCGAUUGGUUCCACUGGAACUUGUCCGUCGGCUGGUUCUUUGUCAUGAUUGAGCUCAUUGCCGGCACAUGUCCCCACGACCCCCCUAUCCGUGUCCUGGCUAUGCCGGCACCGACCAUGUUGUUUGCUAUCGGCGUGGAACUUCUCAUUGUCGACGUCAUGCGCAUUAUGAACGUGCCUGCGCCAUGUCGCAUCUCUUCGCUACCGCAGGGCGCACCUCUUCGUCCUGGCAUCUACGCCUACAUCGAGGACAUUUGUGCUGUUGACGGCUCAGGUGGCACCGAGUUCCGCCAGCGAUUGAACCUCCGCUAUCAGGCCAGCAAGGCGUUCCGUGUAAUGCUGCAUCGCUUGACACUCUUUUGGGCCAUUGGCGCCGUCGUUUGUUCCGUAGUUUGCACAGCCAUCAUUUUCACCAUUCAGCGAGACGCUGCCUACGUUGUCGGAUGGGUCCUCCCAUUUCUCUGGGCUGGUGUCUGGACAGCCCUCACCAUCCCCUGGGUCCAACGUGAACUCAAGAAAGAGUACCAGGAAUGGACCACGGCCAAUUUCAAAGCUUGAGAAUCUUGUUAGAUUCCAUUGUUUUACUUGAAGUGUAAGAAUGUAUUACUAGGAUGGAUGAAAAAUGGCCGUGGACACUGACGAUGGCGUUUACAUGGUGUAUAUUGGGUGCUCUUGUUAUUUUUCCGAGUCUAGAUACCACUUUUGCGUACACAAUAUUGUAAUGGUAUUGAAGAUGGCA